UCGGUGCUUUCCUACAGCAAACGUCACAAUGUUUACCCGGAAAUGAGCGCAAGCUCCAGCAACUGUUAUCAAAAUCUAUAAUUUACCGAUUUCUGACCGUUUUUAGUCUAGUGAAAUGAUAAAUUACCGUAUAAUCUGACUAUAAACUACUGACUUGGAAUGUACAGCGGACUCCUGCCCAAAGGUUUAACCGAAGACGACCUCAGUCCAGAUGACGAGGAGGAUGAGCAGGACGAUGAUGUUGAGGAGAAGAGGGAGGGUGAGAAGUGUGAGAGCUCCGCUGAAAAGUUGAGAUCUGCCGGGGAAAACACAGACUCAGUUGUGGAGGCACAGUCGACUCACGCUGCCAUUGACGCAGACAGUGAUUCCCCGAUAUGCAGUCUGCCUGGUAUAUCCCAGGAAAUGUGGCAAAAAUUCCAGGAUCUACGGAAGAAGAAUGACGAAAUGAAGACAAUGAAGGUCCCCAGAAGAAGAAAAAGAAGAAGACACAAGAAAGGAACAGAAAGUGAGGAACCUACAGAGACAAGCAGAGAGCGUCAGGAGGAGCUGGAGAAGCACUGGGAUGAGCUUAAGCAGUAUUUUGGUGUAAAUGAUCGAUUUCACCCCCCUGCAUGUUCCAAACCCCCUCCGAAGUCCGGCCUAGAAAAGAGCAUAGAGAGGGCCAUAGCUGAAGGGGACAUUGCAAAGGCGGAGGAGAUGAGCGACAGACUCGCCACUCGAGAGCUGGCUGUGAAUAUCGCUCAAGCCGCUGAUUGCCGUGACUUUGUGCAACGCAAACAGGAAGAGGAAGCUUUGAGGGCAGCACAGAAAAGGAAGAAGGAAAUAGCCUGGGGGUUUGAGGCUAAAAAACGAUGGGAAACCAAAAGCAACAUGGGCUUCAUGUGACAAACGCGGAGGAAAAGGAGAAAGACUUUUUUAAAGUUAAUUUGAUAAAAGUAGUGUUUUUUAUGGCGGACUGAUCCUGUUUCUUUUUAUUCUCUUUGUAUAUUUUGAAGACUUCACAACAGCAGAGUGUGAGGGGGGAAAAGUCACGCAGUUGGCUGAGGAAAAACCAAUCCAGAGAGUACAAGAGAGAGAAAAAAUUAUGGAGCAUUUAAAUUAAUUCCUAAGGCGCCCAUUGCUGUCUGCAUUGUUAUUUUUCAUUACAUUUCAGUGAUUUGAGAGUUCUGGCCUUUUUUCCCCCCCCUUCGAAUUAAAUCUGGUGUACAUUACUGGAUGAUUCGUUUAUUUAUUGCAGUAAAGUGGGUUAAUCAUGAAGGCGCUCCUUUCUUCUUCCGAGGAAGAGAAAGGAAAGAUUAGGGCCCUAAUGCAAUGUACAGGAUAAUGUGCGAUAGGAUUUGGGUGUCGAAAAUGAAAUUUGGCUGCUGUAAACAGUUGUGAGCAGUUGUAAACUGGAAGUUGAGUGAACAUUUUCAGGGGGGGGGGGAGACAUGAAACAGAGGCUUUGCUGUUGGCCCUCACCCAUGCUGGGAGACAUGCUAUUGUAUCUCAGCCCAAACAAGAAGCACGCGCUGUUUCUCGAAGCCUACACUCGCCGCUCAUUGUUUGAUGAGCUCUCUUCAGCAUCUGUAAACUCGUCUAAAACUGUCGAUUCCUCUCGCUUUUACUUUGAUCUUUUUUGAUCUGCAGCAUUUGCCUCCGCAGCUACUCACACUUCUGAAAUGCUCAUUCAGAUUCCAGUGUUAAUUGCAAACAGCAUGCAAAAAAGCACAAGAAUGAUAAUUACUUUUAUUCAUAAUGCUCGCUUAUAUAUUUUUUUUCCACCAUAGAAAAUGAUUGCUUUGCUUCAAGGUAAUGAGAAUCUAAAUUAAUCUACCUAAGUUGUUUGCAUUGCACAUAUUUGGGCACUUUGGUGAGGAGCAGUAUUUUCAUAGCUUUGCUGUGUAGGCUGAAUCAGUACAAGGAAAAAUUAACUAAACAUCAGAAAUAAAAGUUUGUAGGCAAUUAUGAUACAAAACACCUGAGCUGAAGUAACCUAGAUAUGACACAAGUAUAAAAACACAUGCUGAAUUUAGAAAAAUCAAGCUUUUUGUAUCAUUUUACAUUCAAGUGAAUCACAUGACUGUGUGUCUGAGAAGCUGUCAGUUGGUGAGAAUUGGUGCUAAUUAAACUAUUAAUUAUCUCUGUAAUGAGACGCGCGUUUAAACUGUGUUAAGCACAUCAAAGUACGACAUGGGAUUUCUUCAUAUUUGAUGAAAAUAUAUCUGGACUGAGGAGUGAGGAAACAUCAGAGAUGCUUUAUUAACAGGACAAAAAUUACGGAUUUUAGGGCCUUACGUUUGCAUAACAACGUACUGGUUUAAUAGUCUGUUUUAUUUACAGGGAAUUUCUGGAUGCAGGUGUUUUGCAUAUUUCAGAUAUAUUGCACAACUUCUCAGCAAUAAGAACUUUUCAAGAAGGUUUUAUUCGGUAUUACAUUUAUCAUCUCAGUGGAGGAAUUUGCAAGAACAUUUAAAAACAAAAGGCAAAAAGCAUCCGUGAAUAUGUUUUCCAUAUGUAAAAGCCAUAGCCAUUUUUUAAAGCUAGUACGGUAGUUGUCAGUGAACGUGACCAGCGCUGAUCCAAGAGCAGCGCGGCACCGUAUCAAUAGCAUCUCACUUUAUUAAUCUCUUGGAACACAGGAUAAUGCCUUGAGCAGAGAUGAUUCUCCUUUUAAGCUGGAAAAUCCACUUUCCCCUCUCGUCAUGUUGAGGAGCUGUUUUCAAUAGUCUGUUACCAGAGGCCAAUCUUAGCCCCUGACCUAGGCUGAUGUGUUGUGAAACGCUGAGACAAAUUCCUUGGGAACAUGUCGAACCACUUCUAGGAAAAGUGUUUGUGGGGGUAAAGAAAAAACAACAACAACAAUCCCAUUAAAUGGUUGGAAAGCUGCUGUUGUCUGAAAGGGAACAUGUGUUGCUGGUAACAAGACAUCAGCACUAUCACUUGCUGCUAUCGCCGGCUAGAAGAGGAUUAACUCAAAGGAGAGAUCUCCGAGAUGCAGCUGAUAAAAGCAAUGUUCAAAACACCUAACGCAAAGAGUAGAUCAGACAUGGUAAUGGUGCUUUGCUUGUGUAUGGUUCAAGUUUUUUGAUAAAAGGUUUACUGCAAUGUUGUGUUUUAUUGUUUAAGUACAACUUGUUACACUUUCAUUGAGUUUUCCCUGUGUAAAUAAAGGUUUCAAUCAAUAUUAAA